AUGACGCGAACCGCGCCCAAUUGGGGCCCUAAGAGGCUUCUGGCCUUGGCCACCGCCUUUGCUUCAAGCACCCUCGCCGACUCAAUCCUCAAGACAAGCAGCUUCACGACCUGCGGUAACGAUACCGCGAUCACCGUCCAGAAGAUCGACAUUCAAUACAACAACGACAACAAGACCGUCACCUUUGAUGUAGCAGGAACGAGCUCCAAGGUCCAGAACGUCACGGCCAUCUUGGAUGUCAGCGCCUACGGCACCGCCAUCUACUCCAAGACCUUCAACCCAUGCGAAGCAGGAACCUUUGUCGAACAGCUCUGCCCUGUCCCCGCCGGCAGCUUCUCUGCUCGUGGCACUCAGAAGAUUCCUGAUCAGUAUGCCAGCAUGGUUCCCGCUAUCGCCUUCGCAGUCCCCGAUAUUGCCGCCCAGGCCAAGCUUCAGCUCAAGACCCUCGACACGAAUGAGGAGGUCGCCUGCAUUACGUCCCAGGUCACCAACGGUAAGACAGCUAGUGUUGCCGCCGUCUCUUACAUCGCUGCUGGUGUUGCGGGUCUCGCUCUCGUCGCCACCGGUGUGUCUGCAGCCAGCUCUGCUUUCGCUGGAGGCAGCGCCGCUCUCAGUGGCAGCGGCACUGGUGGUGCGGGGACGAUCAGUCCCAGUUUCACCGAAGUUUUUGGAUGGUUCCAAGGCAUGGCCAUGAACGGUAUGCUUUCGGUCAGCUACCCACCCGUCUACAGCAGCUUCGCCAAGAACUUUGGUUUCUCUUGCGGCAUCAUUCCCUGGACCGACAUGCAGAUCGCCAUUGACAACUUCCGCGGUGCAACCGGCGGUGAUCUGAGCAAGGACAGCGUUGAGGUCCUCAAGAACAGCACUCUCAUUCUCGCCGAUGGCUCCACCGUCGAUGGUGGCAGCUCCCUCUUCAAGGCCAAGCGUGCCGCCGAGACAUUCCAAGCCCUCGUCCUUAGAGAGAUUGAGACCAGCGUCAACGGAACCACCAGCGGCGACUCUGACGACCCCAUCACGAGCAUCAAGCAGAAGGUCCAGGGUAUCACUGCCUUUGUCAACACCCUUAGUGUCCCCAAGUCCAACACCUUCAUGACCGUUCUUCUCAUCGUCGCCAUCGUUAUUGCCGCCAUCAUUGUCGGAAUUCUCCUCGUCAAGGUCAUUUUGGAAUUCUGGGCCCUUUUCGGUAACUUCCCCAAGGCUCUUGCCGGAUUCCGCGAGCACUACUGGGGAUCCAUUGCCCGCGCCAUCACCUCGCUCAUCAUGUUGCUCUACGGUAUCUGGGUCUUGUACUGCAUUUUCCAGUUUACCAACGGAGACUCCUGGGCUGCGAAGGUCCUUGCUGGUGUCAGUCUCGCUAUUUUUACGGGCAUCCUCGCCUUCUUCUCUUACAAGAUUUGGAACACUGCUCGCCAGCUGAAGCAGGCCGAGGGCGACGUUAGUGGUCUCUACGAUGACAAGAACAACUGGAUGAAGUACAGCCUCUUCUACGAAUCCUAUAAGAAGGACUACUGGUGGAUCUUCGUCCCCGUCAUCAUCUACUUGUUCGCCAAGGGUUGCAUUCUCGCCGCUGGCGAUGGUCAUGGCAUGGCUCAGACGUCUGCCCAGCUUGUCGUUGAGGGUCUCAUGCUUUGCCUCCUGCUGUGGAGCCGUCCCUUUGAGCGCAAGUCGGGCAACGUCAUCAACAUCACCAUCCAGGUCGUCCGUGUCCUCUCUGUUGCCUGCAUUCUCGUCUUUGUUGAUGAAUUUGGCAUUCCACAGACCACUCAGACCAUCACUGGUGUCGCCUUGAUUGCCGUCCAGUCCGCCCUGACCGGCGUUCUCGCUCUUCUGAUUAUGUGGAACGCGAUCAACGCCUGCUGCAAGGAGAACCCCCACCGCAAGCGCAGAAAGGAGAUGGAGAAGAUGCAGCGCGACAUGGACACCCUUACGCCCUUGGACGCCCGCAACUCCCUCCUCAUGGACCGCAAGGAUCCCGAGGCCGGUACCACUUUCUCCAUGUCGAGCGUCCCCGAGAAGAAGGACCAUCGUCCAGAGUCUCCCGAUCACUAUAUGGGCGCCGCGGGCAACGCUCCCUAUCGCCCUCUGGCCUCAAACACGCCCUACGGCAACGCCCAGUACGACCAAAGCCGUGAGAACCUUGUCCUCGGCGCGGCACCAAUCGCCGACAGGGCGCCGACACUGCCCAAUGUGGGCGGCGACUACAACAACAAUAACCACCACGGCGCUUAUGGUGGAGGCGGUUACCGGGGUGUGUAUCACUGA